GGGCUGCGCCACUGGCACCCGGGCGCUGGCGCUGCCUCAUCCCCCGCAUGGUGCCCGGGGUCCUGCCGGCGGAGAAGGCCUGCUGCCGGACCGGGUGCAAAACAUGGGGUGAUAGCUUUUGGAGCAGGCUUGUAACUUAUUUCUGGAUUGCAGUGCCUUAGGGUAACGCCAAAACCUAAGUAACUUUUAAACAGAUGGAUUUUUUGGUUGACUGUGUUUGACAUCUCUCGUGAUUUCACCCAAGCACCAGGCAGCCGCUCUCACAACCCCUGACCAGUGAGAUCAAGGAGAAAAAAGAAAGGGUAAAACCUGAAAACUCGUUGGUUGAGAUAAAGACAGUUAAAUAAGGACACCAGAAGCCAUGCACACAACCAAAGUAAAACAAGAAAUUCAUUCACUGCUUCUGAUGGGCAUGCAGGUGUUCAGCCAUCUCCAGGAGAGCAGGGCCCUAUCAUGUGUGACGGUGAUUUGAUCAGAUAAGCAUCCUCACUCCAAAUGUCUCACCUUUCUUCCCUCUUUUCCCUAUGCUAUAUAUUGAAGAUGAUGUUACAUCGUCUGGAAAUCCCUUUGAUCAAUUUGGGUCACCUGUCCCAGCUGUUUCUCUUUCCAGCUUCCUUAUCAGCAUGGAAGUACAGAAAGCAGAGACAGCCUUGGCUCUGUGUAAGCCUUGCUCAGCAGUAACAAAAGCAUCUUUGUGUUAUCAACAUUUAAAACUUAUUAACACAUUUAAAACUUAACCCCAGACCAGCCAUUAUGAAGAAAAUUUAUUAUUUCAGGCAAACCAGCACAACAACCUGACUAGAUAAAAGGCAGUGUGUUCUUGAGGAUGACAUCUGGUUCUUUUUCUUCAGUCUUGAAAAAAAAUACUUAUUUUGGCAGGAGCACAUCCCUGGAGAUUGUCUAAUCCAACAAGCUGUGUGUGGUCCAGCAUGAAUGCCCAACAAAGAGGGGCAGAGUGUGCAGGAACAGAACAGGUCCAGCAGAACUUGGAAGAACAUGACUUCAGAUAAGGAGUUUGCAGAAAAUAGCAAUUUUUCGCCAAAAGCUAGCACCAGUAAGCUGCCGACAGAUGCAUCUCCCGACUCCAAAUGCCCCAUCUGCCUGGACAGGUUUGACAACGUUGCAUAUCUAGAUCGCUGCUUGCAUAGGUUCUGCUUCCGCUGUGUCCAGGAAUGGUCAAAAAACAAAGCAGAGUGCCCGCUCUGCAAGCAGCCCUUUUUUUCCAUUUUCCAUACGAUUCGUGCUGAAGAUGACUUUAAGGAGUACGUCCUCAGCCCUUUAGAAACGAGCUCUUUUGCCAGCCCUGACGGCCGGAGAUUUCGUUACCGCACCACCUUGACCAGGGAGCGGCGCACGCGCAGCUCCCCUUCCCGAGGGAUGCUGUCCCCUCCAGAUAACGGGAUGCUGUUUGAAGGCUUGUCGAGCGAGCCAGCGCGACACAGGCACAGAGAGAUUCAGCAGAUGAUCAGGAGGCUGGCCUCGAGGAGAAGGGCGAGCGCAGAGGGCAGAUCUCUGCGGCAGAUCCAGGAGGAGGACAUGAUCAACUUCCGCAGGGCUCUGUACCGCACUGGCGUGCGCAUCCGCAGCAUUCAGGACGGCGGCCGGUACCGAGAGAUUUCGGCAGACUUCUUCCGCCGCAACCCUGCCUGCCUUCACCGCCUGGUCCCCUGGCUGAAGCGAGAGCUUACAGUCCUGUUUGGUGCCCACGGAUCUUUGAUCAAUAUUGUGCAGCACAUCAUCAUGAGUAACGUCACUAGGUACGAUCUGGAAAGUCAGGCCUUUGCUGAUGACAUCAAGCCGUUUUUGCUGAAUCGCACAGAGCACUUCCUGCACGAAUUCAUCAGUUUUGCUCGUUGUCCUUUUAACUUAGAAGCGUAUGAUCAGCAUGCCAAUUACGACUGUCCUGCACCAUCAUACGAGGAAGGAAGCCACUCAGACUCCUCGAUUAUUACAAUAUCUCCAGACGUGGCGUUCCCACAAGGGCCAGAUAAUAGCUUGUCUGUGCCUGGGCUUGCUCAGGCGCCCUGGGACGACGAAACUCCUGGGCCUUCCUAUUCCAUUUCAGAAGAGGUUCGUGCAACCAUAGCUUCUCCUCUGGAGUCAUCAGAAAGUUCUGAUGAGGACUCUGCUACAGGGAGUCGAAGAGCCAAACUGCAGACUGAGUUACAGGCUAAUGCUGACUCAAACGACAGUGGCUCUUCCUCAGACAACUGUGUCAUUGUUGGCUAUGUGAAGCCGUUAGCUGAGAGGACACCAGAAGUGGUUGAGCUGUCCUCUGACUCCGAGGACUCCAUCAAGGAAGAGAAAAGAGAAGAUGUCAAGAAGCAGCGACCGGUCCAGUGUCACAGCUGGAGUGACAGUGAACCAAGCAGGAGCUUCUCACCACAUUCUCCAACAUAUAGGGAGGAUGUAGGAAUUUGUAGAAGCUGUUUAUCUCCUGCAAUCGAGAAGACGGAAUCAAAAGAGGAUGAGAAGAACAAAUGUAAAAGAAAAGAUCUGCCUCCGCAGGACUUGAGUUGGAGCCCAUCUCCAGGAAGUGACACGGUAUGCUCUCCUUGGAAUCACAGAUUUUCUAAAAAGGGAAAGUCCAGGAGCCCACAGUCCUGUUCACGGGACAGUCGAGGCAGUCAUGGCCAUCGGUCUAGAAGGGAUCACCAUAGCAAAAGCCAGCUGAAAAGGAGACGAUCAAGAAGCAGAGAUAGUAGCAAACAUAGAAGCAAAAGAAGCAGCAGAAGAUCAAGGGCUCAUGACAGCAGAGCCUCUCUGAAAAGCCAGAGGGGCUCUCUGAGUGGUGAGAGCACUCCAUCCAGAGAAGUGAGUAGAUCACGUUCACGUAGCAAAGGCCAUGGUAAAAGGAGAUCAAGAAGUAGAGAUAGCGAUCGCUACUAUGUAAGAGACAGUUAUCAAAGCAGACACCAGUGGGGUUCUGCUUUCUGCAGUCGAAAGGUGUUUGGAGACAGCUAUGAAUCUUCCAGCAGAAGGAGGACACGGUCUAACACUCUUUACUCAAGGCAAUCUGCUAGUCCAGAGUACAGGAUACGAUCAUUUAUUGAGAGGACAGAUCUGCAUAGCCAGAGGGGACUCCAUGAGAGACACUAUUACUGUUAUGAGAGAUGCAGGUCAAGGAGUCGGUCCAGCAACAAAUCAAGGACUCCUUCUGGAGGAACUGACAGAACGAAAAGUGAAAAGCCUGGUGGAAAAAGGAAGUACAAAACUCGCCACCUCGAGAAUGCAUUCAUGGAGAGCACAAGUCUAGAAAGAGAAAAUGACUCCAAGAAAACUUCCUCAAAAUUUAGUGACUGCUGUAAAAAUGAAGAUAGCCUGUCAGACAAUCGUGCAAGCAGUGAGACAAAGCGUAAGAAAAGGAAGAAGAAAAUGAGGAGUCCAAGUGUGGAGAUAGUCUAUGAAGGAAAAGCAACAGACACGACAAGACAUCUUAAAAAGAAAAAGAAAAAGCAUAAGAAGAAACACCGGAAACAUCACACGAGUAACUCUGUACAUUCUUCUCCAGUGGUGAUUACGAUUGAUAGUGAUAGUAGCAAGGAGCCAGAAAGUACUGAAUGGGACAGCAGUAUUACAUGGGCAGGGGCAACUCAGAUAAACGAGAGGGAAAAUGAAUCUCCAUCUGCAUUUCUAAGCAGGACAGCGUGUGAGGAAACUGGAGGAGCAGACAAGUGUGGUAUCCCUGCCACAAGGGAAAACUUAGAUGGUGGUGUUAGAAAUGCUGAUGUCAAACUUCAAGGAACAGUAGAUCAGAGUGUUACCACAGCGAAUGCCAGCAGUAACACCUCUCAGGCAGAAACUGUAACCAGUUAUGUUCAGGAAGCACCAGCAUCGCCUUCCAGUCAACUGCCUUCCCCCAGGACUUCCUUCUUAGAGUGUCCAGAGAGAGAGCCAUUGAUACUGAGACUGCCAAAGAGAUUUGUCAGCAGAUCCUCGUGGUUUGAUUUCCCUGAAGAAAAAAUGUAGUAGGCUUUCCUUGGAACUCUUGUUAAAACUGUGAAAAUUUUUUUUUGGCUCCUUUUUUUUUUUUUUUCCCCUCGAGAACUAAAAUGUCUGAUAGGGUGUCUGUCUGUUGAAAAAAUGUCUAGCAAAUGUAUAAAACUUUUGACUGUGUAUGCACUUUUGAGUCAAAGAGGCUAGAAUAUUGCUAGUAUGUAAUUCUAAAAGCUUGUUAGAGGACUGUUUGUAAGUUUUAAUUUCAUAAAGCCAUCUACAGAGUAUUUCAAAGUUUUGUGUAAACCAAACAACAGAAAGGAGCCUAAAACAAGAGCCAGGAAAUGCAUUUUAUGGGGAUUGCUCUUCUUAGACAAGGGAAACAUUGUUUAGUUCAUAAAAAGUGAUUCAGUCUGAAUUCCAGCAUCAUUUCAAUCUGUUUGAUUUAAGCUGAUCUCUGCUAAAAAGUAGUCAGUGAUUUCUACAAAAAUUCUCAAAGAACUUUGAGUAAUUUUAAGAUAAGCUAUGUCAGAAUCUGAAUAAAGCAAUAAGAUUUUUUUGUUAUUUGUUUAAAUAUAUUUACACAUGUACUGUG